UCCAUCUCAUUGGGAUACCUUCUUCGUAUACGUUUGGUAAAUUUAACCACAACACCUCCGUCAUCUUUUUGUCACCGUCAUCACAGCAGUUCCCGCUUGGCCAAACGGAUGCAGAUCGUUCGUCGUGCCGCUCUUGAAAUCGAGCACGGAAUGUAUGUCAACUUAGGUAUUGGUUUACCCACUCUGCUGCCGAGUGUUCUGCUCACAGGAACGGUGGUCCAUUUGCAUUCGGAGAACGGGGUCAUUGGUGUGGGUCCCUAUCCGCGAGAAGACGAAGUUGAUGCUGACCUAAUCAAUGCCGGAAAAGAAACGAUAACUGUGUUGCCCGGAGCUUCGUUUUUCUCCUCAGUGGAGAGUUUUGAAAUGAUUCUUUCAUCCAUCCAUCCACCUGUCCACAUACAUAUCUAUGUUACGUUCAUUUACUCU